AAUAGGCUUCAUUCUUAAUUCUUAUAUACCUGAAACGAUUUCCUUACAAAAUGAAAAUUUUUCGUUACUCUUUUAAGAUUAUUACAAAUGCCAUUCUCCUUUUUAAGUUUUAAGUUUUAACAAACACACGAUUUCUGAUUUGCGUAGAGACGUAGAGUUCAAUUAACGUGCAAUCAGAAUCAGAAAUCACUUGCCUCUUCCAAACACGAUCUUAAAACAAAAACAGAACAACACUCACUGCAUGCGAAGAGUGAUUCGAGUGAGAUGGGGUGCUCCUUCUCUGGUCUGAACGCCUUAUACGACGCCGUUAGCGGCGGAGCCGACGUUUGGAUCAACGAGAAUCGCUUCCGCGUCGUCCGGCAGCUCGGCGAAGGUGGAUUCGCCUACGUUUACUUGGUCAAAGAAGUUCCCGCUGACUCUUCUUCUCUCACUGGCCUCGCCAACAAGCUCAAGAAUCCCUCUCUUCUCUCCGGUGAUGGAACUUAUGCAAUGAAAAAGGUUCUUAUUCAGAAUAGUGAGCAAUUGGCAUUGGUGAAGGAAGAGAUCCGUGUUUCUUCUCUUUUCAGUCAUCCGAAUCUGCUUCCACUUCUUGACCAUGCAGUCAUUUCAGUAAAGCCUACUCAAGAGACAUCUUGGACCCAUGAAGCUUACUUGCUAUUUCCUGUUCAUUUGGAUGGAACAUUGUUUGACAAUGCUAAUACAAUGAAAGCCAAGAAGGAGUUCUAUUCUACCACAGAUGUUCUUCAAAUAUUUAGUCAGCUUUGUGCAGGACUCAAGCAUAUGCAUGGUUUAGAUCCUCCAUAUGCACAUAAUGAUGUCAAACCAGGCAAUGUUCUCAUAACACAUAGAAAAGGCCAACCGCCACUUGCCAUACUGAUGGAUUUUGGCA